AUGGAAACUCCUUCUGCGACUCAACCUCCGUACUUCUAUAUUCUAGAUGAGGGGGAAUUUGCUCCUCAAGACACAAACUUGAACAAUUUGCCUGAUAUUCCUUACAUAACGGAUUCGUUCGAGGCCGAUCCGUUAAUUGCUGCCGUCCCAGACGAUGUAUCGUCAUAUUUCCCACACGAGACACUCAUUCAUCCAGACGCCACUACCUCGGUUGUCCAGGAUGAUCACGUCCCGCCAGCUCUGACAGACAUCGAUGCUGGGACAUAUAUCGAGAACUAUGUGUACAGCGGCUCUGGACAACAUAGGGGUUCCAAUGAUUGGUCGAUUCAAAACGGUCUUCCGGUGGGAUGGAUAAAUAAACAAUCUGAACCCGUAUCCCCCGAAUUGCCGGAUCUUUUCGCGACGAGUACGGACCCAACCUCCGGUCUCAGAAAGAGCGGAGAAGAAGAGCCAAGAUCUGCACCACCAGAGAGGCAACGGUGCAGGUCUAAACGAAGUCUUCCCCGCCGUAGAAGCAGAUAUUUCAUCGACAGGUCCGGGAAGCAGGCCAGUCCGAUAGCCAUUCCAUCAGGUGCCAGCACUCCGGAUCCCCUGCGGCGCUGGCAAGAGUCUCCUCCUGAAGAAGAACCAGCUUCGUUGCCUGCCAUUAAAGACGCGGUCCAGGGUUCGUUAUCCGAGCAGUCCACUGGUAUCCCUGACCGAGACGUCGCCAAUGCUUUCCGGAAUUACCGUCGGCCAGCAUCCCGAGCUGGCUCUACAACGAGCGCUGGAAGUGCUACCAGUGUGUCUUCUCGACAAUCAGGGACCUCUAGCAGCAGCCACAAGACACCUGAGAAAAAAACAGGUCGCGUCCGCAAGACACGUCAAGCGAAGAAAGACAAAACACAGUCAGCGGAUGACAUUCGUCCGUUCUGCUGCACGUUUUGCUGCGACAAAUUCAAAAGCAAGUAUGACUGGAUGCGGCACGAGAAGUCACUUCAUCUGAAUCUCGAAAAUUGGAUCUGCGCUCCAUAUGGAGGAACUGUUCUCCUGCCCUCGACAAACCGCGUACACUGUGCAUAUUGUAACCAGCUUGAUCCAACUACUGAGCACCUCAAUCAACAUAAUCAUGGGGCAUGUGACGGCCAACAGCGCAGCUUCCGACGAAAAGAUCAUCUUGUUCAACAUCUUCGUCUUUUCCACAGACUUGAAACACUCCCAUUAAUCGAUGGCUGGAAAACGGAAACAACCAAUUUCACUUCCCGCUGCGGAUUCUGCGAUCGUCAAGUGUCCAACUGGCCUGAACGGUACAAACACCUUGCAGGUCAUUUCCGCAGCGGCUUGACGAUGGCUGACUGGAAAGGUGAUCAUGAAUUCCCCGACUCGAUUGCAGCCAAGGUCACAUGUGCUGUGCCACCAUACUUGAUAGACCUAGAAUCACGAACGGUGGUGCCUUUUUCCGCGACUAAUAGCCAGGCGAAAGACCAUUUUUCUCAGAUGCUUUCACGGGCUUCCUUCCACCAUGAUGCUGAUACCAGCACCAACACUAGCCAAUGGCAAACAAAAAACAAGUCAGACUUACCAGCUUUACUUGAGCAACUCCAAGUGCAAGAUUCGCCUCUUAAUUCUUACACCCAGAUUUUGACACUCCAUUUAAGUCAUUAUGCGCAGGAGCAGAUACGUCUUGGUAUCGUUCCUACGGAUGAAAUGUUCCAGCAGGAAGCGAGGCAUUUAUUCUAUGAUUGUGAUGAUCCAUGGAAUCAAACCAUUGCGGAUCAUCCACAGUGGCUGGCUGCUUUUCGAGAGCAGCAAUGUCACCAUGGCUCUGUUGGGCUUACAGACCAUACAACGUCCAAUCCAUCUUAG